AUGGCGUCACUAACCAGCAGCGAGGUGCGCACUAUCGUGGCCGACGCAGACGGUGAUCUGAUCCUGGAAGUCGGCAAAGAGCACACUCAGAAUGAAGAAACCAAAGCCGACCUAGACGGCGACCUGAUCCUAGAAGUAGACAAAGAGGACGGCCAGGGUGAUGAAAACGAAGAGGGAGAGGUGCAAGAACAGGAAAAGUCGACACCGAAAAUGGCACGAAUUCUGGUAUCAACCAAGGUUCUUACACUGUCAUCGCCGGUGUUUAAGACCAUGCUCUCUGGAAAUUUCCGCGAGGCUCAGCUCCCAUUCAGCAAGGAGAGCCCACCAAUCCUGAGGCUGCCUGAAGACGCUCCUGGGCCUACAGGCCUUCUAUGUAGGGUCCUGCACUACGACAAUGAGGCCCUACAGGACGUCUCGUUUGACGGAAUAUACGCACUUGCAACUGUUAGCGAUAAGUACGACUACAGCAAUGCCAUCAAGCCCCUGUUUAGGCAACACCUCUAUUCCGGUCGGAGAGAAAUCACCAUGUACGACUGGAUCCAUACAGUCAACACCGCAUACCUUUUCAAUGACGAAGAUGCAUUCUACCGACUUUCUCAAAGCGCAGUACGAUAUGUAGACCACAACGCGUUAAGUGGGCUUGCCUUACGCAAGCCUCCUCUCCAGGUGCAAGAACAACAUUUCAUAGGUGAGCUGUCUACCGCGGUCGUUCAUGAUUCCUGGAUGUGCGACUGA